UCGGGGUCUCUUCGGAUGCCCCGAGGCCGGUGUUCUGCGUGAGAGCCGUUACGAACGAGGAGGAGGGCGGUUAUUCGGGAGUGGCGGUUGCGGAGGAGACGGAGGCUGGGCGGCUGAAGAAGGCGCUGGUGGAUUCGUUUUACGGGACUGAUCGUGGAUUGAAGGCUUCCAGUGACACGAGAGCUGAGAUUGUUGAGCUUAUCACUCAGCUCGAGGCAAAGAAUCCUACCCCUGCUCCCACCGAUGCGUUGACUCUCCUCAACGGAAAAUGGAUCCUCGCGUAUACCUCCUUUGCAGGGUUGUUCCCGUUGUUGUCAAGCGGAACACUUCCAUUGGUGAAGGUAGAGGAAAUAUCUCAGACCAUUGAUUCCGAGAGUUUCACCGCCCAAAACUCCGUUCGCUUUGCCGGUCCCUUGGCCACCACCUCCAUCAGCACAAAUGCAAAAUUUGAAGUCCGCAGCCCAAAACGCGUUCAGAUCAAGUUUGAGGAAGGGGUCAUUGGCACUCCACAGUUGACAGACUCAUUGGUUAUACCAGAAAAUGUGGAAUUCUUGGGGCAGAAGAUUGAUCUCACACCCUUCAAGGGCAUACUCACCUCUGUCCAAGACACGGCAUCUUCUGUCGCAAGAACUAUCUCCAGCCAGCCUCCGUUGAAGUUCCCGAUCUCCUACAGCAACGCUCAGUCGUGGUUGCUCACCACCUACCUGGACGACGAACUUCGCAUCUCCAGGGGUGACGGUGGUAGUGUCUUCGUUCUUAUCAAGGAAGGAAGCUCUCUCUUGAGCUGAAGCUUGUUUCUUCGCAUUUUCGCCAUUAUUAUUAUCACUAUAUAUAUAAUAAGAAAUUUGUAUGAGAAAGGAAAGCCUUAGUGCUGUGGCAUCAUAUGUUUUAUCUUAAAUUUGUCAUCCUUGAUGUAAUAAGGAUGUAAAGUACUGUUAAUGAUAUAACUUAGUUUAGAGUUGGGUUCAAGAUCCAAUCUGGUUCUGCAUCAAUAUUGUCCCUGACGAACUAAGGAUAUAAAAUCUCUAUUUUUGUGGAUUUACCAA